GCAAACCCCCUCCUGCUCAGAGCUGCUGCUGCCUGAGCCCAGGGCUGCACCCAGCGCAGGCCUCGUGGCCAGGCCAUGGACCCCACAGAGCCCUGGAGUCCCAGCCCGGGGUCAGGGGCCUGGGACUACUCGGGGUUGGACGGCCUGGAGGAGCUGGAGCUGUGUCCGGCCGGGGACCUGCCCUACGGCUACGUCUACAUUCCUGCACUCUACCUGGCGGCCUUCGCCAUGGGCCUGCUGGGUAACGCCUUCGUGGUGUGGCUGCUGGCCGGGCGGCGCGGCCCCCGGCGGCUAGUGGACACCUUCGUGCUGCACUUGGCGGCCGCUGACCUGGGCUUAGUGCUCACACUGCCGCUGUGGGCCGCGGCGGCGGCGCUAGGCGGCCGCUGGCCAUUCGGCGAGGGCCUCUGCAAGCUCAGUAGCUUCGCGCUGGCGGGCACGCGCUGCGCGGGCGCACUGCUGCUGGCUGGCAUGAGCAUGGACCGCUACCUGGCCGUGGUGAAGCUGCUCGAGGCGCGGCCGUUGCGCACCCCGCGCUGCGCGCUGGCCUCGUGCUGCGGCGUCUGGGCCACGGCGCUGCUGGCUGGCCUGCCCUCCCUGGUCUACCGGGGGCUGCAGCCCCUGCCUGGGGGCCAGGGCAGCCAGUGCGGGGAGGAGCCCUCCCACACCUUCCAGGGCCUCAGCUUGCUGCUGCUGCUGCUGACCUUCGUGUUGCCCCUGGUCGUCACCCUCUUCUGCUACUGCCGCAUCUCGCGCCGCCUGCGCCGGCCGCCGCACGUGGGUCGGGUCCGGAGGAACUCGCUGCGCAUCAUCUUCGCCAUCGAGAGCACGUUCGUGGGCUCCUGGCUGCCCUUCAGCGCCCUGCGGGCCGUCUUCCACCUGGCGCGUCUGGGGGCGCUGCCGCUGCCGUGCCCCCUGCUGCUGGCGCUGCGCUGGGGCCUCACCAUCGCCACCUGCCUGGCCUUCGUCAACAGCUGCGCCAACCCGCUCAUCUACCUCCUGCUGGACCGCUCAUUCCGAGCCCGGGCGCUGGACGCGGCCUGCGGGCGCACCGGCCGCCUGGCGCGAAGGAUCAGCUCGGCCUCCUCGCUCUCCAGGGACGACAGUUCCGUGUUCCGUUGCCGGGCCCAGGCCGCGAACACUGCCUCGGCCCCCUGGUAGCUGCCCCGGGCCGCUGGAGGUGGGCGACAGCGGAGCACCGAGAGGAGGGGAGAAGUCCCGGGAGGGGACCCAGAUGCGCCUGUUCUAGCGGCAGCAAGCUGCUCCGGCCGGCAUCGCAUUGCCUCGCGCGCUGCCUGGACUCCCAGGGUCUCCUCCAUCAGCUUCCCCAGAACCUCAGAGCAAUUGAACUCC